AUGCCCUUCAUCGGCUCGGCCCUGUCCAUCGACAGGCUGCUGGGGCUGCACCUGUUCGACAGCCUCAGCGGCCUGAGUGUGGCUGGCCAGAGCCCAGGCCACAAACUCCCGCCAGCCACAGCGCCCGUUAGUGCUGUUAGUGCGCGGCGCACCGCUACAAAUCGCCCCGCCACGGCCGCUGCCUUACGGCCUCUGCGAUCAACCUCACGCAACCUCAGUCCCUCGCCUGCCUCUUCCUCUGCAUCGUCCUCCCGCACCGCCAGCGCCAGUCCAUCCCUGCUCGCCUUGUCAUCCGCCUUCAGCCUGCUCGGCAUUGGCCUCCAGAGCGCUGCACCGUCUCCGCCGCCCCCCGAAGCUGCGUCCCGCCCGCCGUGUCCCAUCGCAUCGUGGCCAAUGGCUCAGCUACCGGUCGAGAUCUUCGAGCUCAUCACUCGCUAUCUGACCCGGGCCGAGAUCCAGACGCUUCGCCUCGUGUGCAGGGAGUUCGAGGCCAAGGUCUCUGCCCAGUACUUCCGCAAUGUCGUCGUGCCCUUCCGCUCGGAGCUCUACACCAGCCUCGACCGCGACGAGAACACCGUCAUCGCGUCACGCCUCUUCUCCAAUGGCAUGCGCAUCUUCGAAUCAUUUGGCCCUCACAUCCUUCGAUUCGCCCUGUCACUCGAGCUGGACGAGUUUACGCUGGCCUACCCGCCCGUGAAGCCCGCUCAGGAGGCUGUGCCCGCCUUCUGGGGCAUCUAUCGAUGGCCCCACGCCACAUAUCAUCGCUACAGGGACCUUGAGGGCCUCGAGCAGACAGCCGAUGAAACCGACAGCAUGAAGAAGGCCCUGCGCUGUCUGACCAAGGUUACCAACCUGGGGCUCUGCUGCGAUGCCGGGCUGGGCUUCCUUGUCGGCCCUGAUCAGGCUGUGCGAAAGAUGAACAAUCCCGAUCCUGUAUUCAACACCAGCUACUUCCGCCAGGAGGGUCGCUCCGAUAGGGGCGAUGCCGUUACCGUAUCUGGCUUCAACGGCAUGCCGCGAGACCUCUGCAGUGCCACUGCUCAGCAUGACAACUUCAAGCGCCGAGUUCUCGAGAAGAUGAUUGCUGACGCCGGAUUCGCUGGCUUCUAUAUCCACGAAGCCAUUGACCUGCUGCUCGAGACCGAGGGCGUGACACUAUCCAAUAUCGAUUUCGAUGAGCGAGAAGUUCUCGUCGAGGAGCAGCAGCCGCCGCCGCCGCUGGCUGCACAGGAUAGACGGGCCAGUCGAAGGCGGUGGCUCAACCAGCUGCAGGCGGCACCGCAACCAGAGCACAUUGUGCAACCGCAAGAGCCAAACUUCCAUGAGGUGGAUCUUCCUGAGGAGGAUAUCCAAGAGGCGGAUAUUCCAGAGGCGGAUGUCCAAGCUCCGGAUAUGGAAGGCCAGGACCCGGACGAAUACGGUCAACCGCACCACGGCUUCAACUUUAACAUAGAGCCAAACCCAUUUGAGUUCUAUGACAAUGCUCUCGCUGCGAUGCCAACAGCCGACGCAGCCCCGCCCCUUCAUCCCCCUCCUCCUCCACCUCCACCACCGCCUCCUCCUCCUCCUCCAGCGGCUCCGGCGGCUCCGGCUCCGGCUCCGGCGCCGGCUGUGGCCAUGGUGCAGUCUUCGCCCCAUCGCCAGCGCCGAGCUGAGAACCAGCCCUCGCGGGACUCCGCGCCAGAUUCCAACAGUCGACAGCCUCUUAUCCCAACCAACCUUACACGGGCACAGAAGGAACUACUUCUCGAGCUGGAGUGGGCACAUCGUGCCAUGAUCCAGUCCUAUGUGAUCAGCAUCAUCGACAACGCUCAAGAUGGCUGCUUUAGCAACCUGACCAACAUCACCAUUGCCAAGAUUCCAAGCGCUCAUGUCCACAUCCUGUGCCGCAAGGAACUCUGGGAGAGCAUUCCCAGAGUCAAGAACGUCUCCUUGGCUGUCAUUGCUGACUGGAGACGGAUUUCAAAGACCUCUCCUGGUGUUGUCGCCGACACACACGUGUCUCCCCUCGAUGCCGUGCGCAAGGUAUACAAUCUGCUUAAUUGCUACAUUGGACAGCAGCAAAACAUCGAGACCCUUCACUUUGAGUGGAUCUGCGGCGGCGAAUUUGCCCGGGGCCCCUAUCAACGCAAUCAAUAUAUUCUGCCGGCCCCUUUCGUGGAUUCUCCGGAACUGAUGUGCUCUGUUGAUGGCGCCAAAGAUCCCGACAGGCUCUUGGACUUACCCUAUGUCAGGGAGUUUUCUCUGAAGAACUGCUGGGCUUCGCCGCAUGUUUUGACGCAAACCAUACGCAACAUGGCGCUGCAUUCCCUCGAGCGGCUGGACUUUGAGUCUGUCUCCCUCUCCGGGCCGCCCGUCUUCGCCCCUCAGCCAGUCAACGUUGCCCAGGUUGCCGAGGAUGUUGGCCUCCCGCUUCCGCCAAUCUUCCCUGGCGGCGUGGCUCCCAUGAUUGCGGGCCCUGUUGGAGAACCGGCUGCUGCCAUGUUCCCCCAGCCAGCCCCGGCGCCUCCGGCACCAUCCGAUGAGCAGCAGAGCGAUGGACUUGUGUUGCCGGAGCCGUUCUCCUGGGCAGGCUUCUGCGAGCAUUUCAGCCCCGGCAUCAAGAUGCGCAUGCUUCCUCGAUUCCGCGACACGGCCGGAUCGAUGGUUGAUGGAACUAUCAAGCCCGAGGACCUCACUCUACCCCUAGAGAAGGAUCUUGCCCCCUUUCUUCCGCAUGCCGACCAGCUCGCUGUUGACGAGGCCCAGUACAAUUUGAGCUCCAUCACCUUCAAAUCGUGCGGCUACGUCUUUGUUGACGUCCGCAAUCUUGACUUCAGAGCACUUUUGCCUCCUGAGGGCCCGGCCGCUCACGCCUUUAUCAGCAGCCUUCGGCAUGACAUCUUCCACUCUAUGCAGUACUGCAAGGAUAAGCUCCUUGGCCGUAUUCUGCCCUUCAUCUUGCCUGCUGAAUGGAAGACGCUCGAGACGGUUUUCUUGAUGGAGCGGGGCUGGGCCAAUGUGUACAGCACGCAGGUGUCCGAUGAUGCCGUUGCCGACGGAUUCGAAUACCCCGGCAUGGGCCGCUUUUCUGGAACCGUGGAGAAACUCCAAGAUGCUCAAGACAUUGAGAUGCUCGGAUGAUCACUUCUGCCUUGUUGUCUAUACGGUUUUUGUCUUCUGACCAUCUAAUGUCUCUUUAUUUACUAGCGAGUUUCGGAUGUAUAUGACGCCUUUGAAAGGAGAUGACGGCAAGGCUUCACACGCUAUUCUUUCCCUUCCCUGCAUUGUCCAUUGGCCCUCUUUUUUCAUCUUUCGCACUAUGGCAUCUGGCAGAUCUGGGUUGCCCUUUCUCUUUUCGAUUUCGUUUUUCAUGAUUGUCAAAGCACACGUUCCGGGCUGCCUGACUAGCCCAAGACACAGCUUUUGUUGCUUAAGGUUAUUGGACGAGCGAACAAACAUAUAAGAACACGAUACCCUAUGAGACGAGAAAUUGUGGAUACAUACCCAUGGAAAAUAUCUCGACCUCUUGUCAAUCUCAUCUCAUUAUGCUAUGCGCGUCGAAAUGGCUGGCACACGCAUUCCGAUGAACGACGAUAAGGUAUAUCUGAAGCUUUCUCCACCCUCACUAUCUCUACUCCCUCGCAGAGGCUACGCGAGCCAGAACCAAUUUCGACAGUGACAGUUUGCUUUCAACUCAUCGGCACCGUGAUGUGCUUUGUUCACGAGUUCACAGCUGUGCUUCUGAACAUGGCGGAUAUACCCCCCCACAUACCCCUUUUCCCUUGUCUUGGUGCUGGAAUAUAGAGAGGAUCGUUACCGGUAAGACUAUGAAAACGGCAUCGGCUUUAUAAACGAAGAACAC